CCCGGUCUAGUUGCUAGCAUAAGUAAGGGCUUCACAUAUAAAGAGCUUGGUUUUAUGUGCCAAUGUUUACAUGUUAUAUACUAUUUUUUUUUAAAAAAAAAACCUGGAUUAUAAUAGAAAUUUGCAAAAGCAUUCCCAGUUUGGGGGGAAAAAAACAAAACCCAAAGACCGUAGUUGGGCAACUCUUUUCUUAGAUCAAUUGAACUGUUACUAAAAGGUGUACGAGUUUCUAAAGAUCUCUAGAAAUAGGCUAAAGAUUUGAAAAAAGAAAACGGGAAAUUGCUUUUUAAAACACUUUUCACUUUGGAAGCAUCACCGACUCCUUGAGCUUUUGUGCUAAUCGCCUUCAGCGUUUCUCAAUCUCAGCCUCUUUCAGAUGCGUGGACUUCCCUUCCCAGAAAUCCCCAGGUAGCCUAGACACACAGAGUUGCUGAGACUGACUUAAGACUUCUCUGAAGUUCAUCUACCUGCCUCAGUUUUACCUUAAGGGAGUUUCUGCCCAAACUAAUCUUCCUUCUUGCCUUUCAGCUUCACACAGCCGUGAGGUUUUCUUCCAGAAUUCUUUCUCCUGGUGCAUCAUGAAUCUGUUGAUCUAAGGCUGGUGGCUCUGUUGGAAGGCUUUGGAAAACAAAAAAAGAAAUCUUAAAUUCAAGAAGGGGAAGGCACUUGAAAACUACGAAGCAGGAUGGUAUUGUGUCACCUCUUAGUACUGGAGGCCAUUGCUGAGAAGCGUAUGUGGUGCGUUCAUUUGUGAGCUUCUCAGAAGCAGCUGGUUGGCCACCGAAGAGCAAGAGAGGAACCUGGAUUAAAUUAGGUGUCUUUUCUGAUCCAGCAUGUCUGCUCAAAUGUUUUUCUAAUGGAGGCUUUACGGCCCACUUUUAUUUUCUCUUUAGCUGCCUUUCUUUGAAGUGAAUGGCGGAAGCCCCAGAGCCACGUGAAGGCAAUUGGUGGAGGUGUCAACCACAUCCCUGCCUUUGUCUCCCACAGCUGAAGUGCGUCAGCCCCUGCCUUUCUUCACUCACCUUUUGCUGAUCCGUGAGUGGCCGCUGGCAUAGAGAUUUCGUAACUGGCAUUUCACCUUUCUGCCUGCCCGCCGCAAGGUAAGAUGAUCUUCUAACUGUUGAGGCGGGCAUUUUGAGCAGAACUGCGGGCUUCAAUUCCAAACAGGCAGGUUAAGGCAGGCUUGAGGAGAAAAGAUUUACUUAUCCCUACAAGCCUCAGGGAAGCUAACCCAAAUCUCUUUAGGUAAAAUCCUAUUUCGGGGGAAUGAAUGCUGGACUUAUUGUGGCGUUCUUUGAGUUGGCUUGUUUUCUUGCAGAUGUUUCAUUAUCCAAAGUAGGUAACAUCAGCAGUGCUGAUGACGCUACCUAGUUUGGGCGAUGAAACAUCUGCAAGAAAGCAACCAAGCUCAGAGAGCACCAAGGACCCUGUCAUUUCAGCCUGAGCUACAAAAUAUUCCCCUUUGCUGGAUUUAUUGCCUGCUGCUAAAGCUUUUCGGGGGCCUCGGCUUGUUUGUUGGAAGCGAUCGUGGGGCCUCAAACCACCUUUUUGGGAUGCAGAUAUUCAAAGGCACCUAGAACUUUGCGGUACGUGUGGGAGGAAGGCCAGAAAUGACUGUUGGCACAACGGCAUGGAUGCGUUUGGCGUUUUGCUGAGCCCUGGCUUCUGCAGGCAGGAUGUUUGCCUUCCUUUCAGAGCUGAGCAUCGACUCUGUCCGCCAUUUUGCCUGCUGACAGAGGCACGUGGGCGUGGGUCUCCCUUGCAGCCGGAUCUGCUCUGAGCUACUAAGGCAGCCGUUGAAGAGGAAGAGGCCGUUUGGAAGGGAAAACGUCCUUCUGAAGCACCUUCCCUGGACCCUGAACAUCUUUCAUUUAGAUGUAGCAGAACAUUCCGAGACCAGCCCUCAAAAGAAAAACAGGCUGGAAAGUUGGAUCGGGAGAAGAGGACUUGCUGAUUAACCGGAGUCUCAUGGGAAUGAGCAAUGAUGGAGAUCAUGGUUGACGCCAGCAAAGAGCACAUGGGAGCAGGCUCAGGGUCAGAGAAGACGGUGGGGUUUGGAGAACCCAGCCAUCGCACCCCACUUCUGGAAAGGCUGUCGGCCACGAGGGGCAUUUGGGAGCUUCUGGAUGUCCAGCCAGAGCAAGUCAAGAAGCUGCUCUCGCCGCACCAACGGGGGUCAUUCAUCGUUGCUACCAAUGGGAAUGACGCCGUCAAGACACUUUACCUCCGGUUACCGGAAAGUGACAAUAAGGUUGUUGGCCUUUUCCCUCUUGAAGACACUCCAGCAGCCAUUCACCUCAAAGGUUCUCAGCUGUACUUCAGAAACCUUUUGGAGCUGAUUGGCUUUCAUUUUGUGAGCAGGGAUAUCCUGCCCUGUUUGCUCAGGGUCCCCCAUGUCCUUCAGCUUCCCGGCAGAGCUGAUUUAGAUGCAGUUGCCACCUUGGGCGCAACAUUCUGGGCGAUGCCUCUUCAUCCCGCCAACGGCCUGGCCUCAGACGAAGCAGAAGCCAGCGGCAUGGAACCCAAGGGGGACCUUCUGAAGUCCAAGCAGCCCUCUUGCUCCAUCCGCGUGACGUCCGAGGACGCCGCCCUCUGCAUCGUGAACCCGCUCUUCCUUUCCGUGCACAGCGACAUCGAGUGGCUCGACCUGGCCCCCGGCCUGUACCACUCGAGAGGCAGGGGGGGAUCCCUGCGCCUCGCCAAUGGCUCGGCAAGGCCAGAAGCCCCAGUUGGUCUGGAGCAUCUCAAGUCUCAGGAAGAGGAAGAGAAGGUGGGGAAAG